AUGACUCAUCUUUUGGAAUGGACAUGGACGGGUGUUCCACAUGUGAUUCUGUUUGGUCAAGAUAGAGAUGGCGAUGAAAAUCUAAUGUUAUUUAAGAAAAAUAUAUCUGAGGAAGCUAUAGCCGAAAAUCCGCAGAACAGUACCAUAAUAUCGAACAAGUCCAAAGUCAGAGCUGGAUUAUUUUACAACAAUCUCAUAGACUCGCGCAUAAUAGUUGGUAUCAAUGAUGAUAAUAAAAUGUAUUUUAACGCCUACAUGUACGACUUGUUGACUGACUCGAUGACACUACUCGUAAAAAACGAUAGAUUUGGACACUUCCUCUUUGACCAUGAUAUGAACGUUCGUCUUGCCGUACAAGAGCAGCCGGACGGUUCACUUAUGUACCUCAGGCGGUCACCAACAGCCAAGAGUGAGUUACCAUACAAUUCAAACGCAUCAGAGUGGGAGCCAUAUCUCGUUAUCAAAUCAGAAGAUAGGGCAAUUACGCGGCCUAUAACAUUUGAUAAGAGGAAUGAGUAUAUGUAUUGGCUCUGGGGAGACGAAAACACUGACCUUGGCAAGUUAACCAGCAGCUGCCAAUGA